AUUUCACUGUUUCAUUGUUUGCUCGCUCUGAUGCUUUUACCUGAUUGGGAACGAGGGGGGAACAAACUCUCUCUGUAACCCCACAUCAGCUCCCCCCACCCCUUCUGUGAAAGAGAAAUUUGCCACCCGUGCUGCAGUUCCUCUACAGUCUUUAAUUUGAAGUCACUCCUAACAGAGCGUGUUCCCUCAGGCAGAAUCGCGCGCGCUGCAGCCUGCUAUUCACAUUCAAAAGGGCUUACUGAAUAGCAGCACAUGAGUGGAUCCACCAAGGACAGACUAAUCUGAAUACAGCUUUUGUUUAAUAUGUUAUUUUGAAUGUUUUUUUUUUUCAUGCAUGGGUGAGACCUGAACAAAAAGUUGGCACCUGCAGGAGAUCUCUUUGCGUAAAGGACCGGGUCUGAAUCAUGUAUUGCGCGGAAUCUCUGCUCUCUUGCGAUUAAUUUACAGGAGAUACGCGCAUCUCCACAUCUCCAUCUCCACAGGAUGAGAGUCGCGCGCUGAGUGUUAUUGGACGGUUUUGGGGCAGGGGGAGAGCCAACUUGCGUAAAGAGCCUGAUUCUGCACAAGUAUUAAUUUGACACAAGUAAGGAGGAUUGAUACGAUGUCAGCCAUACGGAGGAAAUUUGGAGAGGACUACCAGGUGGUAAACACCAACCGGGGCAUGACUUUUUCUGCCCCGGUCAAGAGAAAGAGGCAGCGGUUUGUGGAGAAGAACGGCCGCUGCAACGUCCAGCACGGUAACCUUGGCGGAGAGACCAGCCGGUACAUCUCCGAUCUCUUCACCACGCUGGUGGAUCUCAAGUGGCGCUGGAACCUGCUCAUCUUCAUCCUCACUUACACGGUCGCGUGGCUCGUCAUGGCUUCGAUGUGGUGGGUGAUCGCGUACAUCCGCGGCGACCUGAGCCACGGCGGCCACGACUCGUCCUACACCCCGUGCGUCGCCAACGUGUACAACUUUCCCUCAGCGUUCCUGUUCUUCAUCGAGACGGAGGCGACCAUCGGCUACGGCUACCGCUACAUCACGGAGAAGUGCCCCGAGGGUAUCAUCCUCUUCCUCUUCCAGUCGCUGCUGGGCUCCAUCGUGGACGCCUUCCUCAUCGGCUGCAUGUUUAUCAAGAUGUCGCAGCCGAAGAAGCGCGCGGAGACGCUCAUGUUCAGCCAGGACGCGGUCAUUUCGCAGCGGGACGGGAAGUUGUGCCUCAUGUUCCGCGUGGGGAACCUGCGGAACAGCCAUAUGGUGUCCGCGCAGAUCAGGUGUAAACUCAUCAAGUCCCGGCAGACCCCAGAGGGUGAGUUCCUGCCCCUGGACCAGUGCGAGCUGGACGUGGGUUUUGGGACGGGGGCCGACCAGCUCUUCUUGGUGUCGCCUCUAACCAUCUGCCACGAAAUCAACACCAAGAGCCCAUUCUUCGAUCUGUCGCAGCGCUCUCUCAUGAACGAGCAGUUUGAGAUUGUCGUCAUCCUAGAAGGCAUUGUGGAAACCACUGGUAUGACAUGCCAGGCGAGGACAUCUUAUACUGAGGAUGAAGUUUUGUGGGGUCAUCGUUUCCUCCCUGUCAUGUCACUGGAAGAGGGCUUCUUCAGAGUUGACUACUCCCAGUUCCACAACACCUUUGAGGUUCCAACACCUCCCUACAGCGUCAAAGAGCAGGAGGAAAAGUCCUCAUUGACAUCACCAAACCCUCUGCCAGUUGCACCCACCCCCACCUCCCCUCUGCUGGGUAACGGUGGCCGUGGAGGCCGGAGGGAAAGGCUCCUGUCGGCCGACUACGCAGACCACGUAGAGGACCAAGCCUCUAGGCUGCCAAGCAAACUCCAGCGCAUGAGCUCCACCAAGGAGGAGCACCUCUGGAAGGGGCUGAAGACAGGGGCAGCUUUACCGGGCGGGGGGAAGGCCUCCAGCACAGGAGACCUGCCGCUUAGCAUUCAGAGGCUGAGGUCCAGCUCCAUCCCAGCUUCGCGGCAAGGACAUCCGGAGGAGCAGGUCCAGCUGUUGUCCUUGGAUGAUGCUGAGGAGGGCGAGCUGGAGAGACACAAACUGCCAGCAGCCAUCAGCACCAUUGCUGCUCCAAUUCCAACACCAAUCCAGAUUCCCUUGGUAGGGGGUCGGCCGGAGGACAACCUGCCCCCAAAACUGCGCAGAAUGAAUGCCGACCGCUGACUUCGGCAAACUACCUUUAAGACUAAAAAGACAUUAUGAAAUUGAAUCAGGCUUGAUGGGCAUUGUAUAUAAAUGAAGACUACUGUGAUAAGUUUUAUUUUUUUUCUGCAGAUUUUGUCAAGUAUUUUACAGUUACUUACAGGCUCUCUACUAAGUUGUCCAUUGCCACAAAUAGAAGGACAACACCAAUAAGCCAUCCACCCGCUCAUACUGUGAGUCAUUUUUGAUAGAUCACCAUCUGUGCCCCCCACUGACUUUUAACACUUCUGCCCUUGUGCUUGUUUCUUUCACUUCUGUUCAUGGAGACGCAUCAAAGACUUUCUUAUUAUCUCAACCAACAACAUUUUUCAAUUAUUCAAGCACCAAAGUGGCAGUCAUAAAGAAGACUGACCUGAACUGACUAUUCACUAAACCCCUCCACCAAACAGUGAUUGUCCAAUCAUUACUUAGUCAUAACUAGGCUUUGGUAGGCUUGUCAAGCUUUGGAUUUCUCCUCAUGCCUCAAGCGGUGCAUAUAGGGCUGUAUUAUAAGUGAUUAAAUAAGUAAUUAAAGAAUUUCGAUGGUAGCGUCUUUCUUUAAACCCUUCCAAACCAAAAACACAAGGGCAAAAAUGUGAGCAAGUGAUUAAAAUGUGUAUCUGUGUACUAUAAAGCAAGCUGCUAAUGUCCAGCUAACAAGCUUACUACCUGCAGGGCUAAGCAAGCGUUAUACUUUCAAGGGCGAGAAGCACGUUAUUAAUUAACUACUUACAGUAGUUUAUGUGGCUCUGGUUACAUUUAAAAAAGCACAGUUCGCGACUAGCACAUCUCACUGUGUUUCUCCUACAGUCUUAAAGGUGAAAACAUAAUGUUGAAUUACAAACUAGUAUGUAAGCUAAUCAGCCAGAGUUAUGUAAGAACAAAAUAAAACAGCCUCUUCUCACAUUUGACUAGCUCUACACAGCAACACAAGAACAAAGCCAUAUUUUUUCUUUUAUCUCAAAAUCAUGUACAGUAUAUAUAGCCAUCAAGUGCAUAUUUCUACAAUUGUGUAUUAGGGCCAUUUUAUGAAAAAAGGGGAGCCUGGAGAGGGGGGUAAUAUUCAGAGAAUAAAAAUGCAGAAUUUCCAAGGUUAAAGUUGUAAAUUAAAAAAAAAAGAUUAAAGUGACAUUUUUACAAGAAAUAAACCCUCAGUAACUCAAAUAUUCUCUGAGUUUAUGAAGUCGUAAAUUCAAUCUCAGAUAAUAUCACUUUUUUGGUAAAUUUCCAAUUUUAAUCUCGUUUUUUCGUAGAAACCCUAACCCUAACCAACCUUGCCGCACUCCAUUUUAUUUGUAUAUCUCAUGGCCCUAGCUUAAUUAACUAGCUAGUGUUCGAAAUCAGUGGUUCUCUACUGGAAACAAGAAACCUGGUUUGUCUACCUCUCUCUGAGAUCAAGGAUCCAUUAUUUCCAAAAUUACUGAGAAUUCUCGGUGAUUACUACCAUUAUUGCUAUAAACUACAUGCUGUGUGAGAAUGAAAGCUUGAUAAGCAUGGGGCUUAGCGAACGGUCAAUCAACCCGAACUGGGCAAAAAACAAAAUUAAAAGUCUAACACAAGUCAGGUUGAUACACUUUAUUUAUUUAUCACUUGCACUGAAUAUUUGUUUAUCUGAAUGCUCAUUUGAGUUGUAUGUUUACUACUGUACAAUUUUAACUGUUUUUACCCUUUGGUGCAGUGUUUGCAUUGGCCUGCUAUACGCAUGGGUGACCAAAUGUAAUCACUUAUCAGUUGUGGACUACAGACUUUCUUUCAUCAUGAAUGAUGAUUUGAUUUAUUAAAAUGUAAAACAAAUAUCUGGGAAUGCAGGGAUGCUGACAUCAGGAGACACAUGUUAUUGCCAAUAUAAAGGUAGGAUAAAACUUCACAUUGCAACUGCUGAAUAAUAAAUUCUUUGAAAUCACAA